AUGUCCUACUUCCUGUCUCCACAAACUCAUCUGGGGCUUCUGUCUUCUGGCCAAGGUGGGGCUGCUGCUUCGGGUCCGUCCCUUGGUCUCUAUAGUUCUGCAGAGCCAGUGGUGGUGGCGUCUGGUGGAUUAGGUCCACUCAGCCAGAAAGCUGAGCAGGUGGUACCUGCUGCCCAGGUCUGGGGCCCUACCUUGGCAGUGCCUGAAGCCAGGGGCUGCUCUGGGGGUGCUAGCUGGGAGACACCGUGGAAGGAACACAACCGAUACUGCCCCAAAUUGCCCCCCAUGAGGCAGCUGGAGACCUUGAGCUGGGCAGACCCCUGUUCCCGAAGCAGAGCUCCCCACCUGGGUGGCCCUAGCAGGCCUCGGCCCCUGCUGCUGUGUGGGCUGUCACCAGGGGUUCUGACGAUGUCCUCCGAGGCAGGUGGGAAGGAGGCUGGCUCCCAACCUGACAUCUGCAUCCUUACCCUAGCCAUGAUGAUCGCGGGCAUCCCCACCGUGCCUGUUCCAGGCCUGCGGGAAGAGGACCUGAUCCGGGCAGCUCAAGCUUACAUGAUGGCCCAUCCAGAGCCAGAGGGGGCUGUGGAAGGGGUGCAGUGGAAAAGGCACAUGCCCACAUGGCCUCUGGACAGAUGCCUCUAG